AUGGUGGUGUGGAAUGAGAGCAGGGUGAAUGAGUUCAUCCUUUCUGGCCUGAGCACCAAUCACGCCCUGGAGCUGGUCCUGUUCGCCUUCUUCACAGUCAUCUACAUGUUGAUCCUGCUGGGGAACACGCUCAUUGUCUUCACCAUCGCCUAUGACCAAGGCCUGCACACCCCCAUGUACUUUUUCCUCAGCAACCUCUCUUUCAUUGACGUCUGCCACUCCUCCGUGGUGAUGCCCAAGAUGCUGGCUGACUUCCUAGUGGAGAGGAAGACCAUCUCCUUUGGCGAAUGCAUCGCCCAGAUGUUCUUCCUCCACCUCUUCGCCUGCACCGAGAUCUUCCUCCUCACCAUCAUGGCCUACGACCGCUACGCAGCCAUCUGUAACCCCAUGCGCUAUGGCACCAUCAUGAGCCGCGGGUUCUGCCUGAAGCUGGCCGCAGCCAUGUGGCUGGGUGGGCUGGUCCACUCCGUGGCCCUGACUGCGCUGACCCUAAACCUCCCAUACUGUGGCCCCAAUGCCAUUGACAACUUCUUCUGCGACGUCCCGUUGGUCCUCAAGCUGGCCUGCGCUGACACCUAUGUCUUUGAGGUGCUCAUCGUCUCCAACUCAGGUCUCAUCUCCGUGGUCUGCUUCGUGGUGCUGGUGGUCUCCUACGCGGUUAUCCUCGUCUCCCUGAGAAACCACUUCUCCGAGGGGCGGCGCAAGGCGCUCUCCACCUGCGCCGCCCACCUGACGGUGGUGACGCUCUUCCUGGGCCACUGUAUCUUCAUCUACCUCAGGCCAGCUAAGAGCCUGGCCGCAGACAAGGUGGUGUCAGUGUUCUUCACGGCUGUCACUCCACUGCUUAACCCCAUCAUCUACACCCUGAGGAACGAGGACAUGCUGCAGGCACUGCACAAACUGCAGGCGAGGCAGGUCAAUUCCAGAAACAAAUGA